AUGGUUCUCGCCAUCGGCUACUCUCCCAGUCUUGUCUACGUCCUUUCUCAUGCCAAAGGCAUCAUUGGAGCGAUACUAUCCAUGACGGUAGACAGUAAGUGGUUUCAAUUUGAGUAUCUGUCGGUGGGAAAACAUGCUGGCCACCAGCCAUUACCCAUCAGCGCUUUCGGAAGGCUGAUAGCUUCGGACAAAGAUAAAGCUGCACUAUCGUUAGUGUACCUUGCAUGCGUCACAUCAGUCUGUUCUUGCACUUUCCCGAAUAAGGCCACAUUAAUAGACUCGUGUUCGCAGGAACGACAAGGCGGCAUUUGCGUCGUAUUUGGUAACGUUCUGAAUGCUCACGAUCAGAUGAUGCACCCAGUGUCUGGAGGCAUCAUUGAUAUUCAGACAUCACCACAAUCAAGAGUAUUGUCAGUUAUUGAGGAAGCGUUCACACUCGAAACCAUUCCCUCAACUAGCAAAGGGCCUGACGCGUCUGAAACGCGGCGCCCAGAUUUGGCGGCAGUGACAAUGGCCGUAGCGUCUUUGGAACGUUACACGCUGGUAAUGGAUGCGGCUGAACUCCAACGCGGCGAGGCGCUUCAUAAGGCCAGCACUUUUCUCAGUACGCCUAAGCUCAGCAAUGCAAUCGCUCAUGAGCCUUGA